ACAACCGUACUUUCACUUCAACCUUCAUCUACAACAGCUAGAUCGCACGCAUACUGCGGGAUAGCCUGUAGCAGAAAUGCCUUUCCCAGCACAUGAUGUUACGGCAAAAUUCGACUUUGCGACAGAGGAGGAAAAGGUACUCCAAUACUGGCGCGAGAUCGACGCUUUUCGCACAUCUGUGAAGCUAUCCGAGGGGAGGCCCGAAUUCUCGUUCUAUGAUGGGCCGCCGUUUGCUACUGGUUUGCCGCAUUAUGGACAUAUCUUGGCUGGGACUAUCAAGGACAUCAUCACCCGACAUGCCUCUUCAUCCGGAUUUCAUGUUGAGCGGCGCUUUGGGUGGGAUACGCACGGUCUUCCCGUGGAGCACGAGAUUGACAAGAAGCUCAAUAUCCGCUCGAAGGACGACGUAAUGGCAAUGGGGAUCGACAAGUACAAUGCCGAGUGCCGAGCGAUCGUGAUGCGGUACGCGAGUGAGUGGCGGACGAUGGUGGAGCGCAUUGGACGCUGGAUCGACUUUGAUAACGAUUAUAAGACGCUCUACCCUACGUUUAUGGAGAGCAUCUGGUGGGUGUUUGGACAGUUGUAUGAGAAGGGAAUGGUCUAUCGUGGUCUGAGAGUCAUGCCUUAUUCCACUGGCUGCACCACGCCGUUGUCGAAUUUCGAGGCUGGCCAGGACUAUCGGGAUGUCAGUGAUCCUGCAGUGACGGUCGCCUUCACGUUAGUUGAUGAUCCUUCGACCUCCUUGCUGGCUUGGACAACUACACCCUGGACCCUUCCCUCCAACCUUGCCAUCUGUGUGCAUCCUGACUUUAACUAUAUCAAGAUCCACGAUGAGGAGCAAGGAGAGAACUUCAUCCUCUGCGAGACGCUGCUCAAGACGCUGUACAAGGACCCGAAGAAAGCCAAGUUCAAGAAGCUUGGUCAGUUUAAGGGACGCGACAUGAAGGGUUGGCGUUAUGUCCCGCUAUUCGACUACUUCACGGAACAGUUUGAGGACCGCGCUUUCCGCGUGCUCAACGAUACGUACGUCACGGCUGAGGACGGUACGGGUAUCGUCCACCAGGCUCCAGCGUUUGGUGAAGAUGAUCAUCGUAUUGCUCUGGAGAAUGGUAUCUUGCGGCCAGAGGAAAUGCCACCUUGCCCGUUGGACGACGUUGGAUGCUUCACAGAGGAGGUGUCGGACUUCAAGGGCAUGUAUGUCAAGGAUGCGGACAAGGUGAUCCAGCGAGUCCUCAAGCAGCGCGGCAAGCUUGUCGUCCAGUCCACCCUCGUUCACUCGUACCCACAUUGUUGGCGCUCAGGCACGCCGCUCAUCCAGCGAGCGAUCCCGGCGUGGUUUGUGCGAGUCCAGCCUAUCGUCGACAGGCUUGUCAAGAACAAUGCCAAGACUCGUUGGGUGCCCGCUCAUGUCGGUGAAAUGCGGUUCGGCAACUGGCUCGCCAACGCUCGUGAUUGGAACGUCUCUCGGAAUCGUUAUUGGGGCACUCCCAUCCCGCUCUGGGCAUCAGAGGACUACGAAGAAAUCGUUGCUAUCUCUUCUGUUCAGCAGUUAAAAGAACUUUCGGGCAAGGACGACAUCACUGACUUGCAUCGAGAGAGCAUCGAUAAUAUCACCAUCCCUUCAAAACAGGGCAAAGGUGUACUUCAUCGCGUGCCCGAAGUCUUCGACUGCUGGUUCGAGUCCGGCUCCAUGCCCUAUGCCCAGAACCAUUAUCCAUUCGAGAACAAGGCGAAGUUCGAGAGUACCUUCCCGGCGCAGUUUAUCUGCGAAGGGUUGGAUCAGACGCGUGGGUGGUUUUAUACUCUGCUGGUGCUCGCCACCCAGCUGUUCGAUACGGCCCCGUGGGAAAACCUCAUUGUCACUGGCUUGGUGCUGGCCGAGAACGGGAAGAAGAUGAGUAAGAGCAAGAAGAACUAUCCGGACCCGAAUCUGGUUGUAAACAAGUACGGUGCGGAUGCGCUACGAAUGUUCCUCGUCAAUUCCCCCAUUACCCGUGGUGAGAACUUGCGGUUCCGUGAGGAUGGUGUCCGCGAGGUUAUUUCACGGGUGCUUCUACCCUGGGUCAACUCUUUCCGCUUCUUCCUGGCCCAAGUCGCGCUGCUCAAGAAGACGACGAAUGUGGAUUUCAUGUGGGAGCCACACGCCAAACGCUCCGCCAACAUCAUGGACCGCUGGAUCCUUGCCCGUUGUCAAUCCCUCAUCAAGCUUGUGCGCGAGGAGAUGGCUGCCUACCGCCUGUAUACCAUCAUCCCCCGGUUAUUGGACCUCGUUGAUGAGCUCACAAACUGGUACAUCCGCUUCAAUCGCCAACGCUUAAAAGGCGGCGACUCGACUGAGGACUGCGUCUUCGCACUCAAUACCCUUUUCGAAGCGCUCUUCACCCUCUGUCGUACCAUGUCAUCGUACACUCCCUUCCUCACCGAGAAUCUGUAUCAAGAACUCAGGCAGUUCAUCCCUGAACACUACUUUGGCAACGACGAUUCUCGCUCUAUCCAUUUCGUUGCAUUCCCUGACGUCAAUGAGGAAUACCUCGACCCUGUUAUCGAGCGUCAAGUCCAGCGUAUGCAGAGCAUCAUCGAAUUGUCUCGCGGGCUACGCGAGAAGCACAACAUCUCAUUAAAGCGUCCGCUCAAGACCUUAACCGUCUUCCACCCUUCACAAGAGUAUCUCGAUGAUGUCCAGUCUCUUUUACCGUACAUCGAGUCUGAGCUCAAUGUGCGCGAGGUCAUCCUCACCAAGGAAGAGCAUCACAUCGGUGUCGGCUACCGCGCCACAGCUGAUUGGGCGACAUUGGGCAAGAAGUUGCGGAAAGAUCUUGUCAAGGUUAAAAAUGCUUUGCCAAAUCUCACUUCUGACCAAGUCAAGGAGUAUGUCAAGACGGGAAAAAUUGACGUCGCCGGCAUACCCCUUGUACACGGAGACUUGCAGAUCACCCGAUUCGUUGAACUCGAGGCUGAUGGCGGGCAUGAUACGGCGACUGAUAACGACGUGGUUGUGAUCCUGGAUAUUCGGAAUCACCCCGAACUUGAAGGGGAGGGUAUGGCUCGUGAAGUCAUCAACCGCGUCCAAAGAUUACGCAAGUCUGCUGGCUUGCAGCCUACUGACGACGUCGAGGUCUACUACCGCUUCGAGGAGGGCGAGGGCGAAGACCUGGUCGCUGUUAUUCAGGAAUACUCCGACAUGAUCAGCAAGGCCAUACGGAGCGUGCCAGUGGAGGACAGCAAACGCCCGAAAAAUGCUGCGGUGUUUGUUGAGGAGACCCAGCAGAUUGGGGAUACGAUCUUUGUUUUAUUGUUUGUACGGGCAUAGGCGUUUAUGGACGUCGCAGGUAAAGGACAG